ACCACGCGAUCCUUGGGAUGAUCCAGUGAACAGAGGAAAUAGGCCCGCCAUUUUCCUGCGAGCCUCCGGUCCUUUUAAAAGCCAGCGAGGGGAGGCGAGCCGAAGAGGAGCCAGUCAGAGAGGAAAAGGGGGAAGUUAUAAGGAGGAGGGAGAGAAAGACAGACAGAUAGAUAGGCAGGGAGAGGGUGCAUGAGCAGGGGGUUGUGGAGAGAGGACGGUUUUGUAAUAGAAGGAGAAAACCUUUGGUAUGUAGUUAGUUAGUUAAUAUCUCUCGCCGUUUUUCUUGUGAGGAACAUACGGCGGUUAAAGCUGUAACCAGCUACCAAAAAUAAAGCUUUAGCCGGUUAGCUAGCUACAAUACUUUCCCCCCUCAGCCGUGUUUCUUUUCUUUCCUUUCCUUUUCUUUUCUCUACUCGUUUUUUUUUUUUUUUAAUUUUUAAAUUAGUCAGGUGGCGAGGUAGAGUGAACAAUAUCGAGGGAUUACCGUGCCGUUGGAUAAAAGCAGUCUGCGUUUUGAGUGCUUUUUUUAUUUAGAUAUAUUUAUAUAUAAGUGCUAAAAUGUCUGGCCAAAGCAUAACGGACAGGAUAACCGCGGCGCAGCACAGUGUCACCGGCUCGGCAGUGUCCAAAACGGUGUGCAAAGCGACCACACAUGAAAUCAUGGGGCCCAAAAAGAAACAUUUGGACUAUCUGAUUCAGUGUACAAACGAGAUGAAUGUGAACAUCCCUCAACUGGCGGACACGCUGUUCGAACGGACCACCAACACCAGCUGGGUGGUCGUGUUCAAAUCUCUCAUCACCACGCACCACCUCAUGGUCUACGGCAACGAGAGAUUUAUUCAGUACCUGGCUUCCAGGAACACAUUAUUCAACCUCAGUAAUUUUUUGGACAAAAGUGGCUUACAAGGCUAUGAUAUGUCCACAUUCAUCCGGCGGUAUAGCCGUUAUCUUAACGAAAAAGCUGUGUCCUACAGACAGGUUGCUUUUGACUUCACUAAAGUAAAGAGGGGGGCAGAUGGUGUUAUGAGAACCAUGAACACAGAGAAGCUGCUGAAGACCCUCCCCAUCGUUCAGAAUCAGAUGGACUCGCUUCUCGACUUCAAUGUAAAUGCAAAUGAACUCACAAAUGGAGUAAUCAAUGCUGCCUUCAUGCUCUUGUUUAAAGAUGCCAUCCGGCUAUUUGCUGCUUACAACGAAGGGAUCAUCAACUUGCUCGAAAAGUACUUUGAUAUGAAGAAAGCCCAGUGUAAAGAAGGACUUGACAUCUACAAGAAAUUCCUCACCCGUAUGACAAGAAUCUCAGAGUUCCUCAAAGUUGCUGAGCAAGUGGGCAUUGACCGAGGUGAUAUUCCAGACUUGUCUCAGUUUACGGUCUGUGCCCCCAGUAGUCUCCUGGAUGCACUGGAACAGCACUUGGCAUCACUAGAGGGAAAAAAGGUGAAGGACUCGACGGCAGCCAGCAGGGCAAGCACACUGUCCAACGCAGUGUCCUCUCUGGCAAACACAGGCAUAUCUUUCACCAAAGUGGAUGAGAGAGAAAAACAGGCAGCCCUAGAGGAGGAACAAGCUCGUUUAAGAUCCCUUAAGGAGCAGCGCCUAAAAGAACUCUCCAAAAGGCCUUCCACAUCCUCAACAACAGCUGCCUCUCCGGUAUCCACAGCAUCUGGCAGCAUCAGCACUGCUCCAGCAAUCGACCUGUUCUCUACACCCAGCUCCACCAACAGUGCUUCAAAGGUGCCAAAUGAUCUGCUGGAUCUCCAGCCAGCAUUCCAGCCAUCUCUGUCUCUCCCCACUGCUCUGCCUGUCGCUAACACAUGGGGAGAUCCUUUCACUUCUUCAGAGAGUGUCGAUGACUCCAUUCCAAACUUAAAUCCUUUCCUAUCCAAAUCUAUCGAGGCUGUUCCUCCACCUCCUCUGUCUUCAGAUGCUGUUAGUUUUCCUUCUAGGACUCCCAGUCAUGAAAUGUUUAGUGAUCAUUACAAUCCCUUUCUUGAUUCAAGCUCUUCUGUUGCCUCCACUCUUGAGCCCUGUGCUCGGAUAGAGGGCUUUCUUUCAGUGGCAGACUCGUUUUGUUCAUCUGCCCCCUACUCUAACACAUCACUGUUCCACUCCGAACCUUCCGCUGUAGCUGGACUAUUUGGAGGGUUUUCAGCGUCUCCCAUCCCUCAGCCAGCCAGCUCUUCUGGCCUUAACGUCGACUUUGACUCAGUGUUCGGCAAUAAAUCCACUGCUAACAGCACAGACUCUGCUGAUGAUGUUUUAGGUGGUAUCCUGAAACCCACAGUAGCUUCUCCAAGCCAGGGCAUGCCACCCAGUGUCCAACAGCCUGGCAAACUGGUGUCUGAUGACCUGGACUCCUCUCUGGCCAAUCUUGUGGGCAAUCUCGGUAUAGGAAAUGGCACAACAAAAAAUGAGAUCCACUGGAGUCAGCCUGGUGAGAAGAAGCUAACAGGUGGAAACAACUGGCAACCAAAGACUGCUCCAACCACAACAUGGAACCCUGCCAGUCUGAAUGGCAUGCAUUUCCCACAAUACGCUCCGUCCGUCAUGGCUUUCCCUGCCACGACACCCACAGGCAUGAUGGGAUACACAAUGCCAGCACAGAUGGGCCCAGUGGCCAUGAUGACGCAACCUACAAUGAUGUACACACAGCCUGUGAUGAGGCCGGCUAACCCUUUCGGCCAAAUGUCAGGAGCACAGCCCUCGGCUGCCUCUAGUCCUUCAAGUCAGAGUCCACUCAGACCUCCAGGACAGGACCCUUUUGCACAGCUUUCUCUCAAGGAAUUCCUUUAGAGACACUUUUAGAUGCAGUUCAUGUGAAGCGGCAGCAAGUGUUGACUACCUGAGGACGAAUCGCGCAGUCUCCAAUCUCAAACCUUUAAUCUGUCUCCAGUUCACUGUUUGACUCUGCGCUAAGAGCGUGGCCCCAGUACUGACCCGGACAGGAUGCGGGGUGGGUGGGAGGGGGUUUUUUUGGGGUGAAAGGGGUGGUGUAUGAUAAGAGACAUUAGGCAGUCUAGCAGGUAUAUUGUAAUUUGUCUAACAGGAAUGGCUGCUGGUGUUUUCCCCUGGACCAGACUGUUUCUGACUGGUAAGCAUCUGUAAAGCCACACGGGUAAUUUCAAGGUGGAGAAGAAGGGUGGAAUGAUGCAACACAUUUCUAACUCUAAUAAGAGACCAGGAUGAGGCUGGCUUUUUUUUUUUUUUUCCCCCCCCAAUCAGUCAUAAUGAUUUCCUUAAUUUAACCAUCAUCUUUUAGAAAUGGUGACUUCAGUUUAUGAUUUUUUUUUUUUAAAUUCUUUUUUCUCCAUGUUAUUACAUUUGCAGUAAACAUUCCUUAUGUGUUGUUUGUAUUUAUUUAUGAUUUACCCACUGAAGACAUGAGAAAAAUGAUGACCUUAUCAAUCUCUUCCUUAAUGGGAGGUGUGUUGGAAUGAAAAUGCUUUCACGUGUCUGAUUGCAGAAUGAGAUUUUGAGUGUGUGUGUUAAAAGAAACAAAAACUAAAGAAAAAUCAAACCACCUGUAAGCUGAAUCACUAAGCACUAAGUAUUCUUUGAACCCCGUUCCUUCUCUAGUGCAAUUAUUUGUAGUACAAAAACUCACCCCCUGCAUUUUGUAAGGGAAAUGGGAGGAGAGUACACAAUUUAUUAAUUCACAUGGGUAAUUCUGUGCCUAUUUGUUUUUCCCGAGGGAACAUUUUAUCAGACUGGUAUCACUACAUUUGUGGUUCUGCAGCAUUGCAUAGGGGAGGAGCUGUUUUGCUUUAUGCUUGGCAUGUCAUUAGUUUACAUUGACAGUUGUACAGCUGCCUUUCCAACUUGAAUGUGCGAAGUAGCCUUCAUGCUUGGGCCAUCUUUCUUCCACUGGCAUUAGGGGGGGCCUUCACUGAAGUAGGAGCACAGGGAAAUGGGUAUAUGUCACAGGUUGCCAUCAUCAGGGUGGGGUUGUUGGUGUUUGUAAAUUAGCAGUAGGAGCAGUAGAAUAUGGGAAAGAGAAGCACUGUUGAUCGGUGCUGUGUGUAAAUAAACCCAGACCCUGUCUAAAAGGGGAGCGUUAGAAAGAUGGUCCCAAUAUGAAGUGAUUCUUUCCAUUUAAUUUAGCAUACUUGCUGCAUUGUCCCUGCAGAUUCUAUUUUUGUUUAUAACUAUAUAAAAUGUAUGUGAGCAGAACUUGGUUGAUUUUCAAAUAAAAGAGCAGCUUCCACAAGA